GGGCUGCAACCUGGAUAAAUAUCUCGCAAACAAAGAAUUUCUGCCGCUUUCUACUUUUCGUCUCUUCUCGCAAAACUGCUUCCUUAAAUUUCUGGUUGAUUAAGCGAAAGUAUUCUAAAUUAAGUUGCAAAGCUGACUCUAUGAUUUUGUUGUUGAAUUUUCAUUAUUAAAUUGUUGGUAGAUUUGCUUCUUGAUUCAGUUUUCAAUUGUAAGCUCACUCAACGCCGGGCAACAAGUUAUUGAGUGGCCACGCAUCGCCUGCAUUCGGUUAAAAUAUCAACUUACAAAAGCCUGCUUCAUCAAAUUAUCGUUGCAUGUUGUAAAAUCUACACAAAUUGCGGAUUUUUCUUCAAAGUUAUUUGAAAGAGCUUGGUUUGUUUUUCCCUGCUAAAGAUGUUAAUUGAUGCAUCGACACCGACCACCGACAUCAUAAAUGGGACAGUACUUCCAGAUCGUGUCUCACCGACGGACAUCGAUGGCUACGGCUCCGAUGUCGGCUGGGUCUUGCCGGCCUACAUCAUCAUCAUGACAAAUAUAUCCAUCGCCGUCCAAAUCAUUCUCUUGAUAGUUAUAUUCUUCGGAAACACCUUGGUCGUCAUCCUUGUCACGAAGAACGAACAGCUAUGGACGAUGUCGAACUUUUUCGUGGUCAGCCUCGCGUUUGCCGACGUGCUCGUUUCGCUGUCGAUGAUUCCUGGUGUCUAUUUGACUCUAAAUCCGACAUUCGCGAGCGGCGUAUAUACGUGUCUAUUAGUGUGGUGCCCGAUUAUAUUCUCGACCAGCAUUUCGUGUCUUUCGCUCACCCUCAUCACCCUCGAUCGCUACGUCAAAGUGGCCCACCCCUACAUCUACCGCACCAUUGCGACCGAGCGCGGGGCCGCCAUCGCCAUCACCAGUAUGUGGGUCUACAGCAUCAUCAUCUCGAUGGUGCUGCCUUUCGCGGGGAUCCACUCUCUCAUCCCAGGGCAGGUAUUUUGCUUCGAGUUCGGCGCCGUCUUCGAUAUCAUCCAUCUCCACUUUUUCAUCAUCGUCAACGGUAUCAUUCCCUUCAUCACCAUGUUCAUUCUUUACUUACACCUCUUCAUUAUCGUCCUGCAGAAGUUAAAGUCCGAUCGUCGCAUCAUGCCGCAGGUCGGUCCCAGCAAUCAGCGAACCAAUCGACCACGCUCCGAGCUCAAGUCCAUCAAGACCCUCGUCAUCAUCCUCGGGUUCACUUGCAUCGCCUGGAUCCCGAGCAACACGCUCGUGUUCAUCGACCUCUACACGCCGCAGUACGCUCCCGGGCUCGUCCCCCGUACCAUCCUCAGCUGGUUGACCUACCUCAACAGCGCCGUCAACCCUUUCAUCUACUCGCUCCGUAGCGAGACGUUCCGCGUCGCCGCCAGGAAAGCUUUCUCGAUCUCGACCGAGACGUCGUUGGUCUGGUGGAUGAACAGCGUGAGAGGAAACUCUUCCCGUGUUCAUCCACAGCAGAACACAGUGCAGAGCAGAGAAACAGAAGACGGCAUCCGUGACGGUUCAGCUAGCGUCGAUGACACCAGUGGUUUCCCGUCUUCAAUGGCAGUCGAGUUACCUGAUAAUAGUGAGCGUUUAGAUAUCCUCGCUUAAAGGUAUACAUCUCUCUCCUCUCCUC